AUGGUACAAGAUGCAUUUCAGCAGAAGAAAGAGCACAUCUUGGCUGAAAUUAAAAGCAGCUCACUUGACCUGUCUCCCAAGGGCACUAUUGAUGAGCUCUGUUUUCCAAUCAUGAAUCUCAUCAACUCACACAUGGACAUGGUGACGACAUCUUCCUGUUCAGGCCGUCUCAGUGUUUUUGUAGAGGGCAAUAAGGUUCAUGACAAAGAAAUUAAGACCGGAGGCAAGGGCGAGGGCGGGAAGUGGCUUUUUGUAACUCACGAUCGUGAGCAGGUCAAGUCCUGGUUUGAAAAGUUGGAAGAGCCUGUAUCAUUCCAGCCCGACUACAACCCGGGGUAUAUGGAUGCCUCUACAAGGUAUAUUUUAUACAAAUACGAACCCUUUAUCCUGCACGUUAAAUGCCGCGAUUUUCGCAGCGCUUCUGCGUUAUUCAACACUGCCAUGUCGUGUGGGUUCCGUGAAAGUGGUAUCGGAAGCAACAACAUCGUAGCGCUGAGAGUCAACAUCAAGUUAGAUGUACCGAUUGGCUACUUGAACGAACUAACAAGUAAGCUAGUCUUUUUUGUUGAUUCAAAAUACAUUGAGCUGAUGGAUCACAUCACCUUGGGCAAGUUUACCGAAAACGAGAACAAGAUGCAGGAGCUAUACAAAAAAAUAGAGGCUCAUAUACUGAAGGCUCCCCUUGAGACUCCAAAAGAUUUAGAUAAGGUUGAAACGAAAGAAGAGCGCAGAGAACGCAAAAUUAAAGAGGGCCUCCUUAGGCAAAAAAUGGUUCGGAGUCAAGACACCCAGAACUAG